CAGUGAGAGGAACAUGAAACUUAUUUCGGCAAUUCUAUUUGCAUGUGUGGCGGCACUUGCUUUGCUGCACAGUGUCUACGGAACCACGUUGCCAGUUUCGGCAUCAAAUGCCGCUCCGGAACCAGAACCAGGCCCGGAACCUAAACUAAUAACCGAGACAUUUUCUGAGGCACAAGCAGCAACUGGAGUUGCAUCCAAUACGAGUGUAGGUGAAAUGAUAAGUGCAGUGCCGUUGGACAAUGCGGCAGCAGCUGCCAGGAGUCCAGUUGUCAUGCCGCUGGAUUCCAAUUUUGUGGAACUCUCGGCCAAUCCAGAUCCAUUGGAUACAGCUCCAGCUCCAGUCGAGCCCAAUGCAUUUGCUGGCUCGUUGGAUAAUAUGGUACAAGAUAUGCCAGCUGAGCUAUUGUCAACUUAAAAGUUGUAAAGAUACAAAAGUAUCUACAUAAUACAAGUAUACACUUAAUGUAUCUUUGAGUCGAAAAUGAUUAUAUUCUGCAUUCCGAUCAGCAUGGGCAAAUAAUAAAUUGCAUUGGAAAGACAAAAGUUUAAA